AUGGCGUCCUCCUCGUCGAACGUAGUGGGUGUCCACUACCGCGUGGGCAAGAAAAUCGGUGAGGGUUCGUUCGGUGUCAUCUUCGAAGGCACGAACCUCCUCAACAACCAGCAGGUGGCCAUCAAAUUCGAACCUCGGAAAAGCGAUGCGCCUCAGCUCCGUGAUGAGUAUCGCACAUACAAGAUCUUGGUUGGAUGUCCCGGCAUCCCCAAUGUCUACUACUUUGGUCAGGAGGGUUUGCACAACAUCCUUGUCAUUGACCUUCUCGGUCCCAGUCUGGAGGAUCUGUUCGACCACUGUAACCGCCGGUUCUCGACCAAGACUGUUGUGAUGGUGGCUAAGCAAAUGCUCUCGCGGGUUCAAACGAUUCACGAGAAGAACCUCAUCUACCGCGAUAUCAAGCCCGACAACUUCCUUAUCGGCCGUCCAUCCACAAAGGCCGCCAACGUCAUCCAUGUCGUUGACUUCGGCAUGGCAAAGCAAUACCGCGACCCCAAGACCAAGCAGCACAUCCCCUACCGUGAGCGCAAGUCUCUGUCUGGUACUGCGCGGUACAUGAGUAUCAACACCCAUCUGGGACGUGAACAAUCGCGACGUGAUGAUCUGGAGGCUCUUGGACACGUCUUCAUGUACUUCUUGCGGGGCGGCCUUCCCUGGCAAGGAUUGAAGGCUGCGACCAACAAGCAAAAGUACGAGAAGAUUGGCGAAAAGAAGCAAACAACGGCCAUCAAGGAGCUCUGCGAAGGCUAUCCUGAAGAGUUCAACAAGUACUUGAGCUAUGUGCGCAACCUUGGCUUCGAGGACACCCCCGACUACGACUAUCUGCGGGAUCUCCUGACGCAAUCCCUCAAGAACGCCGGCGAGGUGGAGGACGGGGAAUACGACUGGAUGAAGCUGAACAAUGGACGCGGUUGGGACUACAAGUCGUACUCGUCGCAGGCGCAUCUUCACAAUCAGCAUCAGACUUCGACGAGCCGCGACAUCAUUCGCAACAGCCAACGCCCCGGCAUGACGGCCGACCGUUUAAACGCACCUCAGCCACCGCCCCCAAACUCUCCGGCGAAGGGAGCCAGCAAGACGCGUGACCGUGCUGGCGUCGGGAUGCCCUCUAAGCAACGCGGGAGUGGGAACAUGGAGCCAUCAACCCCGGCCACAUCAACGCAGGCACACUUUCAGAACUCAAAUGCUCACCUUCCAGGGCGCCUAAACAGCCCAGCCAACCAGGGGGUGGGCAAUCAAGCUGCCGGCACUCAAGGGAACGAGGACUCGCAACCUACAUUCAUCCAGAAGGUGAUGAAGGCUCUGUGCUGCGGUAGGUGA